AGAAAAUUUAAGUGCACUUUGUAAAUAAUAAUUUUGUGUAAAUAAAAUAAAUAACAUAAAAAGCCAAAUAUUGCUGCAACGUCAAUCCAAACAAAGUCGAGCUUAAAUUGUUGUUGUUUUUUUAUGUGUUGUGCGCCCAAAUGAAAUUUUGUUUUUUAAAUAUGGCAGCUGUUGACGAAAAACUCAACUGCUUUUAAUAUGAAUAAAUGUUUAUUACUUUAAUAAAUAAAAGAAAAGCAAUUAUUGCUUUAAGCCUCUAUAGUUAAAUUGAUUUAAAAUAUUGAAAAAAUUGAAAAGAUCUGCUGUUUCUUCUUCUUCUGCUUCUGCUUUUCCGGCCAAACAACAACGAAACUAAACAAACAACAAAACAGUGAAUAUUUGCACAACAGUGAGAGAGCGCAAAAAAAAAACGACACACACUGUGAGAGAGAAAAAGAGAGAGAGGUAGUGGUGGAGAUAUAGAGCGAAGUUCAAAACAACUGUCAAAAUUGCGUUUACUUUAAUAUUAAUGAAAGAAUUUGAAUUAAAGCCAAAAUGAACUCUGCGAAAGAAGCAAAGAGUGUCGCCAAAGCUCAGAAGAAAACACAAAAAGCCAAUAAGAAACAGCUCCAACAAGCUGAAAAAAAUGGUAAAAAUGCAAAAAGUUCAGUUGCGAAUGGAUCGAAGGACAUUAAUUAUGGAGUCAAUAAGUUGACAGGGAAAACAAAUAAAAUUCCAACAACACAAAUUGCCAUUAAUAACAACAAUAACAACAAUACACAAAGCAACAAUAAUAACAUUGCACAAAGACUUAAAGAUCAUUACGAGGCUGAGAAAAAAGCAGCGUCUGCCGUUAACGGAACGACUUCAUCAUUACCACCACGUGCCAUUAUUUCAGACUAUGAUAAUGCUCCAAAAUUUGAGCGCUCAAAUAGUUUCUCACUACGAAACAAAUUAUCGAAACUAAUCAACUCCAUUACGAGUAGCAAAGAAAACCUAACCAAAACUGACGAUGAUGGCUUGGGACCGACCAAAUUCACCCGUAGUCGUUCUAUGAUAUUGCUAAGAAGAACAAAUCGACGUAGUUUGAUUGAGCCACAAUUAGAACAAUUAUCAGAGGAAGCUGAAAAAUCAAGUGAUCCAACUUCGCCUGCCUCGCCACGUAAAAAUUCCUUAGAACCAACUGAACACAUACUGAACAUAACGGACACUUCGGCUAACGCACAAGUAACGGAUAAAACGCCACAACGUGACGACAACAGACCCUUACAUGCUUCAACACCAUAUGAAGAAGUUGAGUUGAGACGAAAACCUUCACUCGUAAGCCUAACACCAAGUGAAGGGUACAAUCCUCAACUUAACUUUCAAAAGAGGCGUUCCAAUACAUUAAUUAGUUCAUUUAAGUCAACUUUUGCUGGUCUAACAAGCGAAAAAAAGAAACCAGAAAAAUGUAAUCCCAGAUGGAGUGCGUCAUUACAAUCAUUGCAAGCUAUCGACAAUAUGGUCAGUUAUGAGAAUAUGUCCUUUAUUGACUAUGACAAAUUUAACGGCUAUGAAAAGCAAUUGGAAAAGCGGCUUUCCACGAUUAGUCUGAUGGGUAACGAUGCAGACAUUAGUCAGCAGAGUAGUAAUGCUGUAGCUGCGACACCAUUAUUACCACUACCCACUUCACCAUCAUAUACAAAUCUAAAUAUUAGUAUACCAACUCCGCAGACUGUUGUGCGACGACGUAAAACUAGUGCAACGCAAAAAUUGUCUCGGCACAAUAGUGAUUGUCGUAACUCAAAUUUCGAUACCGCAAAUUAUGAACAUAAUUUAGAUAAACUUCGUAAAGUUUAUCGUUUUAGUUUAGAUUCGCGUAAACUUGAACUUUUAAAUGAUAUGUCGCGAAAAUCAUUUAUAUUUGAUGAAUCCUCAAAACAUAUCGUGGAUGUACUUAAUCUGGAAGUUGGAUCAUUGGACAAAAGUAAACAUAUACGUAAAACUAAACAAGUUGGCGCAGAUGCUGUGGAUAGUAAUGGAGUAAUAAAGUUAAAAUCAAAAAGUCUCACGCAUUUAGAUGGCCUCGAAUCCAUGAUUGCAUGCCAUCAAGGUACCGAAGCUGGAAAAUCAAACGUUUCAAGUUCGGAGUACUUCUCGGUUAGCUUUUAUAAUGAUCAAGGCUGCCAAGAUGAAGAGUUCAUACCAGCUACCAAAGGAGUAACAUUAUCUGCCGCUUUAACUCAAACUUUAAGGCGAAGGAACCUGAGUUUUUCACAAAUAGCCAUCACAGACAAUACUCAGAGUAGUAAUUUUCUAGAAGCUGAAAAACCGAUAUUCUAUGCGGGUUCGUCACCCUUUUUAAGUUCUUUAGAUGAAAAUACAGAGGUUGAGAAUUUAGCUGGUCGACAUUUAAUAAUAACUGAACGCGAUGGCAGUCGUAAAAUGUUACAAAAGGCGGCAUCUUUUGGUGCACGUACUCGACCACCUCGCUUACUUUCCUCCGCUUCUACAGAAGAAACCACCGAUAAUUCACAACCUGGCAAACAAAUUAAGCAGCGCUGGUCUGGCUUGUUUGGCAGUAAAAAUCAACAGCAAAGUCAACUAUGUGAGUUACUAAAUAAUUACGCGAAAAAUGGGGUACCACAGAAAUCUGCAGCUUUGAAUUUUGAUCACGCGCAUUUCGAUGAAGCACUUGAAUAUUUGGAUAACAUGCAUAAGUCAUGGCGAGAUUUUGUGGACAGCGAGGCAAUGAGUGAAAUCGAGACGAGAAUACAGACUGCAAUUUGGGAAUUGGUGACAACAGAAGUAUAUUACAUACACGCGCUGCAAACUGUGACCGAUCUAUUUUUAGCUUGCCUAGAAGCCGUUCAAGAAGAACGUUUGCUGACUGAUGUUGAUCAGAACCGUUUGUUUUCUAAUGUACGCGAUAUAUGUGAGGCUAACUUAAAAUUCUGGACGAUGUACCUAUAUCCAAUGGUAGCACACAGUGUCACUACACGGAGUCCUUUAAGUAUAGCGUUUUUUCAUCAAGGUUUUGUGACCUUUGCAUCUAUCUUUGCACCUUAUAAAAAGUACUGUGCUGAGCAGAGUACUUGUCAGUUUUACUGUAAGGAGCUCAAUCACACUAAUGCACUAUUUACCUCUUAUUUGGCUUGGUGUGAAUCGCAGAAGAUGUGUAACCGAUUGAGACUGGCCGAUAUUUUAGUUCGUCCAAUGCAACGUUUAACGAAGUAUAGUUUACUUCUUACGGCAAUAAAAAAAAAUAUGUCGGACGUUAAUGAAAUUGAAGCCUUAGAUACAAUGAUACACACUGUGGAAAAUUUCGUUUUUAGUGUGAAUAAUCACUUAACCACUCGCCAGGAAAGUGAACGGCUGAAAGGUGUUAUGGCAAGAAUUGAGUCCUAUGAUGUGGUGGACACUAACAACGAACAAUUGGAGAAGAUGAUUAAACAAUAUAGUCAAAUGUUUGAUUUAUGCGCUCCAAUGAAAGGAUGCCCUGCCCACCAAGUUCGUCACCUUUUUAUGGAAGGUGAUCACAAGUUCAAAGACAAUCUCGGCAAAGCCGAUGUGCAUUGUUUUUUAUUGACCGACAUGUUACUUGUUUGUAAAACUAUAGCGAAAAAAGGGCUUGGUACUUUAAAAAUGAUAAGACAACCGUACUUAACCGAUCGUCUAGUCGUUCAGCAUAGCAACAACAUUCUUAAUUGUGUCUAUCUGAAUGAAUUUCAGGUGGCAGUUACAGCUUUUACACUGCAAUGUUCCGAGGCAAAGAAUUGGCACGAUUCUAUAUAUCGAGCCAAAACGAUUUACACAAGACUGAAACAAGGUGCAAAUAAUUGGGACAGCUUUCGUUUUGGCGGCAGUGGUGCAAGUGGUGGUACCGCUGAUUCAUUGGGAGUUAAAAAAUCUCCUAUCAAUUCUUCUAUAUGUAGUCAUGUCUCAAGUGCAAAUAAUAGUCACAGUGGUUCGGUGGAGUGGAAUGAUUCAAGAAAUAUUUCAGUGGAUUUUGAGAAAACAAAUUCACUAUCAAGUGAUGAAGGCUCAAGCUUAUUAGGUCUACAUGGUUUUCCCUUGAAAGGGAAAAAUGUGCUUGCUAGCCCACAUAAACUGAAAACGCCCACUUCAUCUGCAAAUACGCUUUCGGUACAACCGAUCAAUAGUUUAGGCCAAAGUCUACCAAAUUUAAAUUUACAUCACAGUCAAAUUAAUGUUAAACGUUCUUAUAGUAACAACACACUUCUUGUACCUGGCACAACUACGAGUCAUUCCGGUAUUUUGUUAUUAUCGCCCAGCCAUCGAGGUAUAUCAUACCCACCACCUAGUCCCACAAGUAGAGUACCACUGCGUCGUGGUAUGGCUUUCUCCACCUCAACCAAAAAUCCACCACUAGUCAAAACACGUAACAUCACCUCACAAAACAGCAUAAAUUGGCAUCAAAUACCUGCCACGCCCACUCCACUAAGUCCACAAUAUCAAACAGCGACGAAUAAUACAAAAGUCACCAAUUCAUUUGGGGGUCUAUCACCAACGACCAUACAGUCAACACAUAUACCAGCAUUAAGCAAUGAGAGUAUCAUUUUAGAGAGUCCCGAACAUCAACUCCAACAGCAGCAAACAACUCCACCUAAGCAGCUGUCAAACUCCAGUUUGACAGAGAACAGUUCCCAGCUGGUACAGACUAGCAACGAAACUGAUGUUUGAUAUGGAACUGCACUUAAAACAAUGGGCAACAAAGCCACCAGAAUAACGAACGUGAUUGUUUACUACUUUAGUAAAGUAAAAUAAAUAAGAUGAAGGUAUAUUUUCUAUAUUUCUAUAUAUGAAAAAUGUAUACCAUACAAUAAAAAAAACAAUACCAAAUUUACACACAUUGUCAAUUUUCACAUAAAUUUUGUAUGUGAAGUUUUUUUAUCAAAGUUGAUAAAAUAUUUUAUCAGAUCAGUAUUUUAGUGAAUAUGUAAUUUGCAGUUA